GUGACUGGGUUCAAAGUUGAAAGUCAAAUAGCACUGCAGCUCCUCAGCAUGGCAGGCCGGGUCCUGGUGGGAAGCAGAGCUCUGUUGCAAGCCUUCCGCGUGAAGAUAGCGGACCGGGACAGCGCGUGCAGGCUCGGGGUAGUCUGCUCCGUCUCGAGACAGUAUGUUUUCCCCGGUAAAGUCGCGCCUUCUUGCCCGAACGGCCACGGAGCAGUGACACGACACUACAGCUCUGAGGCAAAGGAUGACCUGCGCGUCAGAUACCUGGACGGAGAGGACGCCGGUAUUGUUGUUGUGGGGAUAAACCGAGCAAAAGCCAAAAAUGCCAUUAGCAAAAAUCUGGUCAAACUGAUGUCUGAGGCUGUGGAGGAUAUCAAAAAGAACAACAAAGUUCGCAGUGUCAUUUUAUGCAGUUUAGUUCCUGGGAUCUUCUGUGCAGGUGCAGACCUGAAGGAGAGGGCUAAGAUGCACCAAAGUGAAGUGGGACCGUUUGUGUCGAAAGCAAGAGCGCUCAUCACAGAACUGGGUAAUCUGCCAAUGCCAACAAUAGCAGCAAUUGAUGGAGCUGCAUUGGGAGGAGGCUUGGAAAUGGCCCUGGCUUGUGACAUCAGAAUUGCCUCCAAUACUGCAAAAAUGGGACUAGUUGAGGCCAAACUUGCGAUCAUUCCUGGAGCAGGGGGUACACAGCGUCUCCCUAGGGUGAUUGGUGUUUCUCUUGCUAAGGAGCUCAUCUUUGCUGCCCGCGUUGUGGAUGGAACAGAGGCCUGUCGUGUGGGUCUUGUCAGUCAUUCGGUGGAGCAGAAUAAGAGUGGAGAUGCUGCCUACCUGCGAGCUCUGGAGCUCGCCCGCGAGAUCAACCCUCAGGGUCCAAUUGCAAUCAGGAUGGCAAAACUGGCUAUCAACCAGGGCAUAGAGGUGGAUUUAUCUACAGGUUUGGCAAUUGAAGAGGCUUGCUAUGCCCAGGUGAUACCAACUAAAGACCGACUGGAGGGUUUGGCUGCAUUCAAGGAGAAGAGGCGUCCUCUCUUCAAAGGGGAGUGAGUCCACUCUUCUCCCAGAAACAAUCUGCCUUCAGCUCUCCCACUGUACCACUGCUUCCAACAUAUUUAGGGGUGAAACUGUACACGUCAAAACAUUAACCUGUACAGCACCCAGGGGACAUCUGUGUGACGGCGGCACAAUAGGGUUGAUGCUGGCUGGUGUUUUUAAACAUCAGGUUGCUGAGUGUGUCGACCACCACGCUGAGCUUCAGGUUAAAAGUGUAAUGCUAACCAAGUGCUGACCACUGCUAACAAUACUAAAAACACCUGCGAUCUCUGACAUGAUUUACUUACAAUGAUUAUUGCUUUUUGCAGUCCAAUUGGCAGUUAGUCUCUAACUUUAGCCUCCUUGACUAGUGAACCAAUCCAAGAGCCAUCAAAUUACCAUGAAGUUCUGUUCAUGCUUCACAUGAAUGAUGCAUCAGAAGUUUUAUUGUUCCAUACUUUGGUGGAAAUGAACUUCUGUGUUCACAGCACUGAAGAACACCAGUGGCUUGACAUGAUAAGAUUGACUUAAAGCCACUAUAGGUUUCACUGUAACCCGAGAGCAUUACAUUUACAUUUUUUUACAAACCAAAGCAUAUACCCACAGAAUGAUUUUAAAAGAUA